GAUAAAUGUCAUGUAUGUCGCAAAUAAUUAAAUUCAGUAAUUUAUAAGUUUAAAAGUGUUGUUUAUCGACAACCUCAUGAAUUUCCGAUGGGAAAUAAUAACACACUUCGUUCGCAAGAAGAAUCGUCGAGUUUUCCGUAGUUUCGGGAUGAUAUUAAGUAAAAACAAAAUUUAAAUGUCCUGGUGGUAUUCAAAAGUCCCGCGUCGACUUUUGACAGCUACGGGUAAAACAGUUUUUUAAUGGGCAUGUUGAUUGUUGUUAAAGUUUAUUUCUGCGAAGUUUAGCGAAAAUAACGAAAAAUUAACCAUCGCGAGGUACGCGUCGAGCUGCUGGAGCGUCCCGACGAUGUGGCAGAAAUAGGGACAAGUAAACACUCGGUCGUAGACAAACAAAUGUUUAAAUGGAAGCAUCUUCCAUUAUUACCCAGGUGUCAAGGGACGAGGAACAUCUGAAUACAUACGCUACCGAAAAAGAUGGAGCCAUCGAGCAGCUGGGCCAGGCGCAGCCGCCGGCGACGAAGAUGUCGUCCACGAAGACCUUCUUCAGAUCGCUGCUGUGCUGCAUCCAGCAGAAGAAGCCGAAGGCCCCCAGCCAGGAGCAGUGCCUCGACGGCGCCGCCUGCGUCGACCACAGCCGGUGCAGCUACCUGCUGAAGCCGCCCCGGCCGGAGGACGCGCGCAAGAAGUGCAUGGUGAUCGAUUUGGACGAGACGCUGGUGCACAGCAGCUUCAAACCGAUCAACAACGCCGAUUUCAUCGUGCCGGUGGAAAUCGACGGCACCCUGCACCAGGUGUACGUGCUGAAGCGGCCGCACGUCGACGAGUUCCUGCAGCGCAUGGGGGAGCUGUACGAGUGCGUGUUGUUCACGGCCUCGUUGGCGAAGUACGCCGAUCCGGUGGCCGAUCUGCUCGACAAAUGGGACGUGUUCAAAGCGAGAUUGUUUAGGGACAGUUGUGUGUUCUAUCGAGGAAACUACGUGAAAGACUUGAACAAAUUGGGCAGGGAACUGCAGCAGAUCGUUAUCGUCGAUAAUUCGCCCGCUUCCUACAUAUUCCAUCCAGACAAUGCUGUGCCUGUGGCCUCGUGGUUCGACGACAUGAACGACUCCGAGCUGCUGGACCUGAUACCGUUCUUCGAGAAGCUGAGCAAUAUGGACAAUGUGUAUACAGUGCUUUGCAAUUCGAACCAUCCGUACGGCAACAACGCCGCCGGCCAGACGAACGGGCCCCAGAACGCGGUGGCGGCGGCGGCGGCGCCAGCGCAGGCGAACCACUCGCCGGCGACGACGUAGCGAUCGCUCAUCGGCGCGCAGCUGGUGAUUUGUUAUUGAUUUUUGCGUUUGAUCGGAAAUCGAUUGCAAGCGGAGCGAAUGACAAUUCAAAUGGGAGUACGAAAUGGUAUUGGGCGACCCGCGGUUUCGUAGAAAUACGGUAUCGAAACGGCGUUGUACGAUUCGGGUUGAUCGUAGUCGCUAUUUUUGCGAAACGAACGGGUGUAGUACAAGUUACUGUAAAUAUUAUCGAGGAAACAAAAAAUGUAAUAUUUUUCUAUUUUGCUGCUAAAUAGAUUUAUUUAUGUAUCUAAUUUAUCAAUACCAUUUGUACUCUAAUUUUAUUUUAAUUUUUUUUAUAAAAACCAUAGAGUGUGGACUUGAAUGUAUUCAGUGUGGUGAAUUAAAUGUAGCAGUUGCUUUUUGCUCCGAAUUUAUGCUUAUAGGUACUCCGUACAAUGUCUCUAAAUUACAGGAAUUGCUCUUUUGCUACACGCAAAUGCUACAUUUAUCCAUCCCAUCGUAACAAUCCUAAAUAUAUCAAGUAUUAACUAAAAUACGCUCGGCGCAUUUUAGCUAGUACAAGUAUCCUUUUUUUACUGGGAGUAUUUAAACAUAAAUGAAGAAGUGAUAAGCAUCUCAAUAUCAAAAGAAAAAAAAAGACUUGAAAACCAAUUUGUGUUUAAAUAGACCGAUAUUUUACGAUGUAGUACCAAUGUUCGUAAAUUUAGAGGCCUUUGUUUUUUUUUUAAAUGCUACCAUAUUGAAUUUUAUACGAGUUUUUUCCGUGAGGCGACGCGCGCGCUUCGUUUAUAAAAGCGACUAAUAAAAUGUAAUUUAAUGCGCUAGAUUGACAAUAAAAUCUAGUUUAAAAAGCGCCGCCUGACGACAUAUCAGUAAAUAAUUUUGAUACUCUAUUGAAUGGGAAUAAAACGGCAUCAAUUUUAAUCGGAGACUUGGUAAAAAAA